AUCACCAAAAUAGAAAGAACACAUAAGUGUGAUAAAAUCAAACACAAACUCAAAGAAACAUGGCUGCAAUGUUCAUUACAAAAAAUGUACUCUUCCGCUUCUCUAAGUCAUUCCCUAAUGUCCCUUCAACUUCACUUCCCAAACCCUCUAGAGUCUUCUUCGCUUCAGCUUCAAACCAUUCAGACUGGAGAAAUGCAGCAGAAGGAACAAGAAACACUUCAACUGAUUGGGCCUAUGAUCGAUCUUCAACCUCAUCAAAGACAAGACGCGAUGCAGAUGAAAUAGCUGAUAGAGCAAGAGAAUCGAUGAGCGAAGGAGUAGACUCAGAGGACAUCAAACAAUAUGCAUGGGAUGCAAAAGAGAAGACAAAGGAUGCUGCAAACAGGGCUGCAGAUAAGGCGGAAUAUGCUGGAGACAAGGCAAGAGACUAUGCUUAUGAUGCCAAGGAAAGAACCAAGGAUGCUGCAGAGGGUGCUGGAGAGACGGUUAGAGACUAUGCUUAUGGCGCAAAGGACAGAACCAAGGAUGCAGCAGAGAGUGCUAAAGACUAUGCUUAUGAUGCCAAGGAAAGAACCAAGGAUGCUGCAGAGCGUGCUGGAGAGACUGUUAGAGACUAUGCAUACGGCGCAAAGGACAGAACCAAGGAUGCAGCAGAGAGUGCUAAAGACUAUGCUUAUGAUGCAAAGGAAAGAACCAAGGAUGCUGCACAGAGUGCUGGAGAGACAGCUAGAGAUUAUGCUUAUGGCGCAAAGGAAAGAACCAAGGAUGCUGCAGAGCGUGCUGGAGAGACCGUUAGAGACUAUGCUUACGACGCAAAGGAUAAAACCAAGGAAGGAGCAAGUUACAUGGCUGAUAAAACAAAAGAAGGAGCUGAGAAAACAGCGGAGAAGACAGAGGAGGUUGCUGGGUCGGCGACUCAGGCUCUAAAGAAUGCAGGGGAAAUGGCGAAGCAGACCGCCCAAGGAGCAUGGGAGACUGCUAAGGACGCGACACAGAAGAUUAAGGAGACGGUGAUUGGGAAGGAUGAUGAUGAUGAUCACGGUGGUGGUGGUGGUGCCGGUGCUGUUGUAGAUGAACAUGUUCAUGAAUUGAGGAGAAAAGGUUAUGGGCAGAGUAAAGAUCUUGGUCAGAGCAAGGGUUAUUGAAAGGAAGAAUUAAGGCUUUAAUUAAUUAGUAUAGUACUAUGGCACGGUUUAUCAUGUAUAGUUGUAUGUUUAUCAACUUUCAAUGUGCAACUAUCUUUGUUAACAGAGUUGCAUAAUUCCCUCAAAUUACUUUCACUUUAUAUAUAGUAUUAGUAUAAAUAAAA